GCUUUGGCACGGUUCAAACGGACCGAAAUGGAACUGGAGCUCUCGCAAGAGAGUGGGCAGGAGCUGCUGUUGGCGGCUUUGCAGGGCGAACAUGACCGGCAUCCGGCACUGCAGAAGGCACCACCGCGGCCUCCUGCAGGUCAGACAGUGCUCCCGAUCUUAUCCAAGCUGAAGUCAGGAAGGAACCUGCUCCCCACGGAGACUAUCAUCCGCACCCCGCGAAAGCUUCCAGCUGGGGUGGCUCCGCUGCCUCCACUGCAUUGUUUCUAUUGA